AUUCUAAUGGAGUCUGAAGGACCCACAGAGUCCUCAGAGGCAUCUGAAAAAUCAUUGUUUUGCUCCCACCAAGAAGACGAAGAAGGGGAAGCACAAGGGGAUGUGGUGGCUGGCAGAGCAGAAGAGAAUAGCAGAAGGGCUGGUCCUCUCUUGAGGCCAGCUCUUACUGGGGAUAUGCAAGACCUCCAGGCCAUCUUUGAGGACCCUGAGAAUCCUCACUAUCAACAUGCCAUGCAGUUACUGUUGGAAGAAGACAUUGUUGGGAGAAACUUGUUGUACGCAGCUUGCAUGGCCGGGCAAAGUGACGUGAUCCGAGCUCUGGCCAAGUACGGAGUGAAUCUGAAUGCGAGGACCACCAGAGGUUACACGCUCCUGCACUGUGCUGCAGCCUGGGGCCGCCUGGAGACUCUGAAAGCCCUGGUGGAGCUGGAUGCUGACAUCGAAGCUCAAAAUUACUGGCAAGAAACUCCCCGUGAUGUAGCAGAUCGGUACUCACAGACCGAGUGCAUGGAAUUCUUGGACUGGGCAGAUGCCAGACUGACUCUGAAGAAGUACAUCACCAAGGUCUUCACUGGGGUGACCGACACAGAGAAGGGGCAGCCAAAGCUCUUCAAGGAGGACAAGAACACAAUCCUGGGUGCAAUGUCGGCUAAAAGCGAGUGGCUGGAGACACACCAGCAGGCAUCUGUCAAGGAGAUUUAUGAGCAGAAGCAGCAACUGGAAGACAUUGUGACGCCCAUCUAUGCGAAAAUGACCCAAGCUCGCCAAGUGAGAAGUGCCAAGUCCGUAUAUUAAGACACGGUGAA